CUUUUUUUAGUGAUCUCAAAAACUAAACUCUUUCCCAACACAAUGAUCCCUAUAAGAAAACCAUGGAAACUCGUCCAAAAAUCCAGAUUUUCUCACUCAAUCUCUUCCCGUUUAAUAAACCCAUCUUUGGAAAUCGAUAACGAAAUCAACAGAAUUACAAAACUUAUCAAUGAUCAUCCAUUUUCGGAAAACCAAUCUCUUUUUCUACAGCAAAUCCCACCCUCUAUUCUCUCUGCUCAUCUCAUUGAAAAUGUUCUUGGUCGUCUCUUUUCUGGUCAUUCUAAUGGUCUUAAGGCCUACGAAUUCUUCAAAUUCUCUCUUCGUCACUCCGAAUCUUUUAAACCCACCUCUGAUUCAUUUGAGAAAACCCUUCACAUUCUUACAAGAAUGAAAUAUUUUGAUAAAUCAUGGGAACUAAUGGAAGAUAUUCAAUUGAAAUACCCUCAUUUACUAACUCUCAAAUCUAUGAGCAUUUUCUUAUCGAGAUUCGCAAAGUUUCAGUCUUUCGAUGAAACCCUUGAAGCAUUUGAGAGAUUGGAGAAAAGGGUUUUUGUUGGAAGAAUUUUUGGUGUUGAGGAAUUUAAUGUACUUUUGAAAGCUUUUUGUUUACAGAGACAAAUGAAAGAAGCUAAAGCUGUGUUUCGAAAGAUGCAUUCGAGGUUUGCACCUAAUACUCAGACUUUGAAUAUAUUGCUUUUAGGAUUUAAGGAAACUGGUAAUGUCAAUGCUGUUGAGUUGUUUUAUCAUGAAAUGAUUAAACGAGGAUUUAAACCAAAUGUAGUGACUUAUAACAUUAGAAUCGAUGCGUAUUGUAAGAAACGUAGUUUAGGUGAUGCCGUGAGGGUUUUUGAGGAAAUGGAGAAGCUGGGAGUGUUGCCUACAAUAGAAACAAUCACUACUUUGAUUCAUGGAGCUGGUAUUCUUCGGGACAUACAUAAAGCACGUGAGUUGUUUGAUGGAAUUUCUGUAAGAAAGUUGGAACCCGAUACUGGAGCUUAUAAUGCUUUGAUAAGUUCUAUUGUUAAAUCUAGAGAUUUUAGUUCUGCUGUCAAGUUGAUGGAUGAAAUGGAAGAGAAGGGAAUUGGAUAUGAUAAUGUGACUUACCAUACUGUGUUUUCUGGAUUUGUAAAAUCUAACUCUAUAGAUGAUGUUUGUAGGCUUUACAGAAGGAUGGUUGAUAAACAGUUUGUUCCCAAGUCAUGUACAGUGGUGAUGCUGAUGAAAUAUUUCUGUGAGAAUCAAAGAGUGGAGUUAGGUAUGGAGCUAUGGGAUUACCUGGUUUUGAAUGGUACUUGUCCUCACGGACAGGCAGUGGAUCAUUUGGUAACAAGUUUAUGCUCUUGCGGGGAAGUAGAUACAGCUCAUGAGUGUUUAAAACAAUUGGUGGAAAGAGGAAGACAUCCAAAUGAAGGAGGGUAUAGGGUUUUAGAGAAGUUUUUGGUGAACGCGGGAAAAAGAGAUAAGUUGAUGGAACUCGAAAAGUUGAUUAAGAAGUUACAGACUGUAUUGCCGCCGUCAAAAGGAGACGCCCUGAUCGCCAAUACGAACUAGUUUUGUAUAUUAAUGUACAUUGAG